UUUUGGUACGCGAGGACGACCGCCGCCGCGACGGGCGCAUCAUCCAGCGAAAUAAAUCAAAAUGCGGCCUCCAAGAUGAACAUGACUUACACAAGAACGGACACUGGUGCGACCGAUUGCGCGCGCGCGUCCGUCCAAGAGGACCUGGACUUGGCCCUGUCCUCGCCCGAGCGGGUCUUCUCGGACGCCCAGCUUUGGGCCAGCAACGAGGUGCUAGAAAAACACGUGCGGGAAACGCGCAUUGAGACGGAGCUGGAUCUGGAGGAUCCGCGCGUCGUCGCGAAGCUAAUUCGCGAACAGCACGCGCGGCCGCUGCUGGACAAAGGAGCAGCCGCGAAUUCGACGAGCUUCGGCGAGGACAAGCUGGACGGCGCGCAUGCGAAGCACAUCAAGGAGCGCAUCGACUUUCUGGCGCUGUUUCGGAGGAAACUGGUGCGUGAAGUGGCGCCGCUUCUUGAAAACGAAAGGCAGCAGCAGGAGCGAUUUGGUACAACGAGUUCUACUUCGGGCAGAACGGGGGCUCCGCAAGACGAUAGUAGCGUGUUUGAGGAUCCUGCAAUGCUGGCGGCAUUUCGAAAGCGCCUGCAGCUUGAUGACACUGUUGUUGAGAAAGGUGGCGCGCCCUCCGAGCUAGCGGAGUUGGGACAGCAGCAAAGUCCGAUUCGGUGCGCCUCCAGCUGGCUUCUGUGCGGGUUAAAGGGGCUCUUGGGCCGCAUCGGCCGGGAGGUCGGAGCUGCUCAUAUCGCGACGCGCAAGGAUCGCGACGCGCCAGCGCACAAACUGAAGGUUUGGAAGCGGCUGCGGCCGUGGUUGGAGGCUCUGAUCCAGUGGAUGCGCACUCCGGGAAAAGGGCGCGAACUUCUGGCGAACGAUUGCUUUUGGAAUCUAUUUUUCAAUUUCGACAGCGUGGGCCACUUGAUUCAGUUGGCGGGCGGCAAAGAGGCGUACACGUCGGUUCCCUUGGUUCCAAACUCGGCGGACACUCACAAAACUUCAGAGACGAAAAUAGGCGGCGCCUCUCACACCGACGGCACAACUACGAGCACAGAAGGCAAUAAGAAUAAUGUGAAGGGCAGCGCUGCCGAUAGGACGGUAGCGGAUUCCGUUCUCGCCCCUCAGCGAGAUGACGGACCCACAACAGUACCAACCAAAACAGGACAAGCACCAGCGGGCAUCAAGGUGUACGUCUAUGAUUACACAACCAACACGUCCCCAACGACAGCGAAUACUAGUAGCGCAGCAGUGUCCUCCCCGCUGUCCGACCUCGUGAGCUCGAACUUCGUGAUUGCGCAGGAGAACGGCUUUUGGACAGCGGACGUGUACAUGCACCGGUUUUUCCAGAAUUCCGAUAUUUUUUGA